GAAGAUGCUAGUUGAGCAUUCUGCACUAUGGAGACAUGUACCUGACACCUUACAGGACUGAAUUUUGUGUUCCCAAAAGUCAAAUGGUGAAGUCCCAACCCUCAGAGUGUAUUUGGAGAUUGGGCCUUAAAACUGGCAAUUGAGGUGGGCCCUAAUCCCGUUUGAGUGGUGUCUUUGUGAGAAGAGAGAAUCAGGGCCCAGACACGUGCAGAGGGAUGGCCUUGUGGAGACAGGGAGAAUGGCCGUCUACAAGCUAAGCGGGGAGGCCUUAGAAGAAACCAACCGUAGCAACAUCUUUCAUAUCCAGCGGCCAGAAUUGUGAGAAAAUACAUUUCUGUUGUUUAAGCCCCUCAGUGAGUGGUACUCUGUUACAGCAACCUUGGCAAACUAACACAGUAUGUAUAGUGGGGAAUAAUCUUACCUCUUGAAAGGUGAGAAUGUGUAGCAUCAAAAGGCAUGGUAAGAUUUGAAAUAUUUAUGGGAGCAUGGAAGAAUGAUUCAGAGUUGCCAGACACAUUCGAAAACCCCUAGGAGUAGUAGUUCUGUUUUUAGACCAGGUUCAACUUAUUAGCCAUGUGUGUCAGAUGCAGUCACAGGAAAGGCAGGUACAUGGAGUCACCUGCUGUUGAGGUCUUGAUGGGGAAAUGUGGUUAAUAGUCCAGGGAACAUAGAAAGCGCUGGUCCUGAUAAGUGCCUGUUGAAAUGAGUCAGUGUGGAUUAAAGUGGGUAGGAAAAAUGAAAAGGGAGAAAGCCAGAUGUUUGAGAAGUGGUCAGUACACGGAGGUUCCCAUGUACGGAGAACUGGAUAUGGGGUGUAAUUUCUGUGAAGAAGUAAGGAGAAGUUGUAAUAACAGUAGGGCUUCUGAUUAAGUCAGAAGUGAUGUGAUAUUCCAGGUAAAACCUAGGUGUGGUGGGUAAUCCUUACGGAGCUUGAGCACAGGAGAGAGGCAGAGCAAAAUUAAAAUACAGACAGGUUAUUUCCUAGCUGUGUAACUUUGUUACAUUAUUUAAGUUUUUUGAACCUCUCUGUUCAUUUCACUUGUUAAACUGGUAAAGAAAAUCACCAGGUUUCUUGUGAGGAUGAAAUAAACGAAUACAUGUAAAUAUCGAAGUAGAGUCACAUUUGAUACAAAUUUUUUUUUUUUCCUUUUUCUUGACCUCAGGUACAAAUGGGUGAGUUAAUCCUACUCUUGUUUAUGACACAUUAUCAUCAUUUUCCCAUGAAAUACAUUUAAUUAUUGGUAUUUUAAGGGAGAAUUUACAGUUUAUACAUGCUUUCUCACUGUGUGUGUCUCACACACAUUUGUGUGUAUGUAUGUAAAUGUCCAUAUACAUAUAUAUACGUGUGUGUGUGUGUAAUAAUGCAGGCAUAGUGCAGCUCAUGAAGAUUAACAUAGAACAGGAUUUCAAGGACUUCAGUUUUACCACUUUACUAAAAUAAUCAGGUAGAGCAACUAGAUUUCCUCCCAAACCACAGCCAUUCUGUAUUAUCUGGACGUCCUUGGAAGAGAGGAUUGGGACAGUAAAUGACAGGAACAGUAUGGCUCAUAAAUUCCUCCUUUCUGAUGCAGGGGAUUUUUCAGGAACAGACUUGCAGAAUGAGUGCCACUGAUCCCUCCAAAUGGAAUAAGUCCUUGAAUUGAUGAACCCUGUCAUAAAAUAGACUGUUUAGUUUUUUGGCGAUCCAAAUCCAUGGGCAACAGAUCUAAAAGUUAGAGUUGAGGGAGAGCAGGAAGAGAGUGUGGCUCCAGAAGGCCGCCAUGGAUGCUGGGGAACCCCUGCUUGAGUAUGAGAAUAACGAAAUCUGAGCAAUUCCAGUGUUUACCUACAGAUGGAAACAAAAAUCGAUGUGAGGCCUGAAUCCAGGAUCUCUAGGCUUUGGAAUCAGGGAGGGAAUUAAAUAACUCUGGAUGCUGUGGGCUGAUUAACCUAUACAACUCAAUACUUUCAAUGUUGUUAUUCAUGAAAUCUCUGUAUGUUUUUUAUUAGCAACUGUAGUCCUAGUCUUCUUUUGACCAUGGGAGAUGAAGCGAGUCCUCUGCUUUUCUUGUAGACUGCACUGCAUGUUUGUUGGUUAGGCUGGGGGUCACACCCAGGUAAGGUUUGGGGCUUCGUGACAGGUGAGACUGGAAAUUGUGCACAGGACGGGAGUCUCAUGGCUUCUUUCUCCAUCCUCAGCUUUGCCUGCUUAGUGCUUGGGCUGUCUGUGAGUGAAAACCCAGAGAAAGGAACCUGGCAACUGAGUUAUUGACAAUGCAGCCACUGGAGUCAGUGACAUUUGAAGAUGUAGUUGUAGACUUCACCAAGGAAGAGUGGGCCCUGCUGGACAUAUCCCAGCGAAAACUGUUCAGGGAUGUCAUGCUGGAAAAUAUACGUCAUCUGCUCUCCCUGGGAUAUCAGCAUUGCAAAUCAGAUGUGAUUUUCCCGUUGGAGCAAGGAGAAGAGCUGUGGAGAGAAGGAACUGGAUUUCUCCAAGGCCAGAGUCCAGUUAUUUUAGGCAGGGAAAGUGCCCUUAAAGAACAAGAAUUGAUAGCCACACAACAUAUCAGCAGGAAGGACACAUCUACAGUCAUGCCAGUGCAGAAAUCUCAUACUCCAGAGGAUCCCUUUGAAUAUAAUGGUUUGGAAGAAGAUUUCACUCAUACCUUCAUGUUGACUCAGCAUUUGUUAACUCACACAGAAAAGACACCUUAUAUCAGUCAACAGUGUCCAAAAUCCCUUAGUGACCAGUCGUACCUUAAUCAACAUAAGCAAAUUCACACUAGAGGUAAAUCAUGUGAGUGCCAUCUGUGUGGAAAAGCCUUUAGUAAUUGCUCGAGCCUUAGGAGACACGAGAUGACUCACACUGGAGAGAAACCAUAUGAAUGCCAUAUCUGUGGGAAUGCCUUUAUUCAAAGCUCUGACCUUAGAAAACACAAUCUAACUCACACUGGAGAGAAACCAUAUGAAUGUCAUUUAUGUGGGAAAGCCUUCAGUCAGUCCUCCAACCUCAGACAGCACGAGAGAACGCACACUGGAGAGCAGCCAUAUGAAUGUCAUCUAUGUGGGAAAGCCUUCAGUAAAUGCUCUGCCCUUCGACGACACGAGAGAACUCACACUGGAGAAAAACCAUACGAAUGUCAUCUUUGUGGGAAAUCCUUCAGUCAGUGUUCUGCUCUUAGACGACACGAGGGAACGCACAAUGGAGAGAAAAUUAUGAAUGCCUUCAGUAAAUAUUCUGACCUUAGAUAACAGGAUAUUAAAAAUGUAACGAAUGUGGGCGAGACUUCAACCAUAGCUUUAACAUUUAAACACACCAGAGGACUUGAACACUGAAGAAACUGUAAUCAAUGUAGAAGAUCCUUUAGUCAUUCUUACUCAUUUGACGUCCACAAACUUACAUGGAAGAAGUCCCUACAUGUGACAUCUACGCAGCAAAACCAUAGCAGACAUGAGAGAACUCACUCUGUGAACAUAAGGAAUGGAGAGGCUUCAGCAACAGCUCUCAACUUUAAACACAUUAUCGGGCCUGCACAGGGGAAAGCCCCUAGGUCUGUAAUCACUGUGAACAGUAUGCACAUGGUGCACACAAGAAGACUCAGUGAAGUCUAAAAGAACACUAACACAAGAUGUAAGAGGAUCAAUGCUCUUGAGGAAUAACAAUUCAUAUUGCAGUGAAAAAUCAUGAGAAGCCCUUUGUUCAUAGAGAAGCAUUUAGGGCACAUGUGAGGAUUCGGACUGUACACAUCACUCAGUGUCGGUGAUCACGUAUUUCUCAGCCAGCAGUAAAGUUCUUACAUGAGAUGGCAGUCGUGAAAUCACAGUGGAGAGAACUUCAGGCAGAUUUUGUAUCAGGAAACUAAGUCUAGGGUAAAACCUCUAAAAUUAGAGCCUUUAACACAGUGUAGCCAAUAAUUCAGGAUUUUGAGAAAAAUAACUACUCAUGGGGAAAAUGUGGCAUAUAAAUGCAAAAAAAGUGAUCCAUGCAUA